CGUCCCGUCCCUAAAACAACAGCUUUCUGUCAGUGUCAGCAGUGUACUCGAGUACAAGUAGUGCCCCAAACACACUGACCCGCCAGCUUCCCACGACCGGUUUUUACGAUGAUUUUAUAUAGAUUUUUAUGGUUCUAUUGGCAGCUAUUGAUUCUUUGUUGCCUCACACAGAAUGUUAAAACUCAACUUUUAUAUAACUUACGAGUACGGUCUCUCAUCAAUGUUAUAUCCAUACAAAUACCGUAAUAUACGACAUCACACUAGCCCUUUUUCUCCUACCUAUAACUCAAGUAAGGUAUUCAUAAUACCGGUAUAGCAUUAUUGCUGGUGCUUGAGUGCCGGUAUAUCGUUCUGAAAAGGGAAAAAUGACUGACCCAGGCGAUGGGGGAGCUGAUAGAUGACCCCCUUUUAUCCUGCUUAGUAAUACACAAACCGGACCCUCACUCCUCUGCUUGAAAUUGCAACCCCACCGCUCUCCGCCAACGCUUUCUCUGUAAAAAGAUCAGAGUUUCUGGGAUCGAAGAAGAGCUAAUUCUCAGUUGCUUGCGGACUCCGUUUCUCAACAAAGUCUUAUUGUUGCUGAGCGUUCGUUGUUGAUUUCAACUCCGGGUCAAUCUUAGACACCCGGCACCGUGUGGUCCAGAGGAGGCUCGUCACGAAACCUUCCCAUCACAAGUGGGAGCUCAGUGAAUCUCUCUCUGAAUCCGGAUAUUGACCUCUACCCACCUGAUCAUUUGGCAAGGCUAUCUUUAUACUGUCAUAGUAUCAUAUGGGAAGUUGAUUUGUAGACAUCUCGAAGGAGCCAGCUCAUGUCUGACCCCCCGUCUAGAAGGUCCCCUCGGGUUGAUUACAUGUAUGGGCCGAGCUCCGACUCGAGAGAGAUCCAGGGGUUCCCGCACCGCGGAGGCUAGUUGUAGAAGGAUUAUGGAUCGGGACGAGUAGUCUGCGGUGGGCCAUGGUAAUAGACCACUCUUUCCGGCCCUGUCAAACUUCCGCGACCGUUUUCUGUCCUAAAGUGCCUGGCCCCAUGGGAUCAGAUGCGGGACAGUGUGCGGCCGGGCCGGGUUGGUGUGGCUGGUUUACCAAUCACGCCACAUAACACCACCACAGUUCCAUAAUUACUUCUCCCCUUAUCUUCCAUCGGUUCAUCGCUCUUUCUUUACUCUUUCCUCGUCUCUCGACAGAACACAGCAAAAGCGGAAAAAAGUUAAAAGAUGCCGACAGCGAAAUCGCUCCUUUCUAUCUCUGCUGCCCAGCUCGAGGGGCACAGGUCUGCUUCCUCAUGCUAUGUGACCAUUGGCAGCAAAGUGUACGACAUUACGCCGUUCCUGGGAGACCAUCCUGGCGGUGAAGAUUUGAUUCUCGGGUAAACUUCUUGUCGUAAUUCUCGCAGAUAGCUAUUGGUAUUCUGACGCAGGGGUUUCAUAGUUAUGCCGGGAAGGACAUCGCAGAGAUUCUCGUUGAUGAGAUCUCCCACACACAUUCGGAAUCUGCUUACGAAAUUCUCGAUGAGUACCUCGUUGGCUUCCUAGAGGGCCCAAGGCCGCCAUCUCCUCCCGGUACCCCCGCCGUCACAAGCUCAUUGACCGGAAUGUCUUCAGAAGAAGAGCUCUCAAUCCCGACCGACAUCUCGACAGACUAUAAGGUACACAAGUUCCUUGACCUCAAUCGGCCUUUGUUUAUGCAGGUGUGGAAUGGAGGUUUCAGUAAGGAGUUCUAUCUUCAGCAAGUUCACCGACCUCGACAUUACAAGGGUGGAGAGUCAGCUCCGUUGUUUGGGAAUUUUUUGGAGCCACUGAGUAAGACGCCGUGGUAUGUUGUGCCAAUUAUUUGGCUUCCUUGUAUUGCCUACGGGACGUACGAGGCCAGCAAGGGGCUACCAAAUACUUGGACCGUAGCCGGAUUGUUUGGGUUUGGACUUUUUCUCUGGACCUUAGUUGAGUAUAUGUUGCAUAGGUGUUUAUUCCAUAUUGAUCAGUAUAUUUGCACCCUCCCAAGUUUCCCUAGGCGAUUUAUUCAUGGAAUCUAGGAGAAUGCCCGACAAUCGCGUAGCGAUUACGAUGCACUUUCUUCUCCAUGGCGUUCACCACUAUCUUCCCAUGGACAAACUUCGUCUCGUCAUGCCGCCAACACUCUUCUUAGCUCUUGCUACACCUUUCUGGCACUUGGCUCAUACUGUCUUCGCUUUCAACUGGUAUGUUGGUACUAACGUGUUCUGCGGCGGCAUCUUUGGCUACAUCUGUUACGACCUUACCCACUACUUCUUACAUCAUAAAUCGUAUGCUUCCUUCUUCCAGCCUUUGGUGUAUCAUAUCGGGUCGCGCUGAUAUUAGGAGUAGCCUUCCAUCAUACUACCGCGAACUCAAGAAGUAUCACCUACAGCAUCACUUUGCAGAUUAUCAGAAGGGUUUUGGAGUUACUAGCAAGAUCUGGGACAAAGUCUUUGGAACAGAGCUCAUAUAUGGACCUAGUGGCCCUGUCAAGUCAGAGUAAGCGAUUGGUGGUAAAGGACAGUUUCAAAAAGUGAACAAAAAUGAUAUCAUGGAAUCGGGAGAACUUCCACAGGUUGUACGAGGGAUGGCCGUGGCGUCUUACUUUCUAUUGGAUUAGACUUUUCUGUUUUAUGGUGUUAUCUUAUGUUUGGUACAUACCAGAUUCUGUAGCAUUUUGAUUGCGCGGAGGGGGCGGGGUAAUGGCUGGAGGCAUAUACCGGUAUUGAAUCUAUCUAAUGCUUAAUUAAUUGUAUUCCAUCGGCG